AUGAGUAAUUUGAAAUGGGGGAGACGGUAUUUGGCUACCAACAUAAGUACUCCACUCAAGAACAUUCAGACUGGAGUGAUUUUAUCGAGAGUCCCGCAAGUCACACCCGAAGUGACUGAUUUUGAGCAAAAAUUUUACAAAUAUCAAGAUGAACUCGAAAGAAGACUCAUGUGGACUUUUCCAAGAUGGUUUUAUUUCAAAAAGGGUACUGUCGCCGAGCGAGAGUUUUCCCAAGCUCAGAUUUAUCCACUGCCAGCAAGGGAUGGUGUGUGGUUCCCAAAAGGAAAGCCGGAAAUUAGACACGGCAGAGACAGAAGAUUCAAAGAAAACAUCGUGCUACCCAAGGCUGAGGGGCAUGAAAAAGAGGGCGAAUCGUCUGCAACACAGGUAGAAAAUUUGGAUGACGCUAGCAGGCCCAUCAAACCGUUGCCUAGAGUCACGGAAGCCGACAAAAAAAACGACCAGCAUUCUUUGGAAAGAAAACUAUCAAGGACACUGUACCUACUUGUCAGACAAAACAACAUGUGGAAGUUCCCUGCCUUCGCGGUUCCAGACGACUCCAAGCCACUACACCUGGUUGCAGAAGAAGGUUUAAAAAACUUGGGAGGAGAAAAGCUUAACGUUUGGACUGUCUCCCACACCCCUACAGCAUUAUUGAAGUUUUCGAAUGGCAAGCUUGUUCAUGAUUUACCUCAUGAGGGUAUUCGAGAAUACUUAAUCAAAUCUCACAUCAUUGCGGGAAAGUUCCAAUUAAACAAAAUUGACGGUUGCGAAGAAUACAAAUGGCUUACGAGAGAGGAAAUUGAGCAACUGGUAGACCCUGCUUACUUCGAGAAGAUAGACUGUCUUCUCUCCAAAGUUUGA